AUGUCAGGACAAAGUAUUUAUAAGUUCAAAGGUAGAGCUGAACACUCAGCUCCAGUAAUAGGAGGGUCACUCUACCUGUGGGCAGGGGCCCAGACUGAUUUACCUGCAGUACACGAUUCACCUCAAAAGAGGAAACUGACCUCAACAGUUGAGAAAUUUUACUUUUCAUCAGCUCGCUGGUCCUCUCACCUAACAAGAGGCACUCCUCCAUUAGGAGUCGCUGGCUACUCCUGUACCACCUUUCAUUCUAAUAUUUAUUAUUAUGCUGGUGGCUGUGGUCAUGAUGAUUGUUACUACAACAGUUUAAAUGCACUAAAUACACUGACCAUGAGCUGGACUCAGUUGCAUCCUAAUGAUGAGUCCAGGAUGAAGAAAGGCUUUGGUGGAAUGCUAUCACUGGAAUUUGAUGGAACUGACUAUCUUUUUAUGGUCGGAGGGAUAGGUACUACACCAGCUGUCAAACAUCUUCAGUUUCAAUAUGAUCAGGUUAAGGAUGGACGUGUUCUUACUAAUGAACAGUUACUUUAUAAUUUAUCUAAUGGAGGACUGGGACAAGAGGGACAGCAACAACAAGGAAACCAACCAGGAGUGGAGGAACAAGGAGAGAGGCAGUCACAGGAACAACCAACACUACCAGAUCAGGGACAGCAACCAUCACAAGAAGGAGAUCAUCAGGAAGGAGGCAGUGGAGAGAAGAACGAUCAUGAAACAGCUACUGAUGCUGUGCUUUGUACUGAGCCUAGUUCUAAUUAUACUAAUAGUGUAGUUUAUACUAAUGUAGAGAAGAGUAUGGAUUAUGCUGGUCUGGUUUAUUAUGAGGAGGAAGGGGUUGAGGAUCUAGUGACAUUCACUGCAGCUAAGAAACUGGAAGCACUCAUUCAAUUUAUUAAAUGGGAGCACUCUCAAGCUAAAGUUGGACCUGAUAUUACCUUUUCUUUUAAGAAUGAUUACAUUGAAUUAAACCUUACUGCAGAACAAAAGGAACUAUUUACUGGAUGGACACUUAAACCUCACACUGAACCUUGCAGAUUACAUCAAAAGGCUGUUGAUAGUUUUGGUGACAAAGGGCAUCAUCCUCCACGUUGCCUGAUAUCAGUGUAUGGAUCACCUGAUGCUGUCCCUACACUACAUUACUCCAUACCACUGGAAGGUGUGGCUGAUCCUGUUACAUUAAACAUUCAUAGAGCACAAAGAAAUCCUCCUCCUCCUUCAACAGAUCCUACUACCUCCUCCUCCUCCUCUAAUGUAGUACAUGAAUCAACGUCAGUAUCAUCCACCGGAGGAGCUAGUCCAUCAGCUACUGUUGAUGUCAAUAAAGUAAAGAAAGUGAUCAAUGAUGUUCUUCUAUCUCAUUAUGCUGCUCUCAAUUCUUUACCUAAGAAGUCUCUUACUGGUCUUGUCAAUCAGUUGUACACAGCUAAGCUUAUUAGUAAUGAAGUUAGAGAAACUCCUUCAAUGGAAGAGUGCAUUGAUGAGUUCAAGGCUAGUCUUAGUUUUAUGAGGGAGGUGUCUCAAGUGGAGGAGCACUGCCAACAGUUCUUAAGCUCAUUCGUUGCUGUAAGAGGUAGUUAUGCUAAAGCAGCAAAAUUUUUGGGUGAGGACUGGAUUAAAGCUAUUAAGAAUGAACUGAGAUUUGAUUUUAAUAUUAAUAUUGAUGCUUAAUUUGGAUUUUAA